AUAAUUGAAUAUAUGUUUUCGAAUUUAAAUUAAUUUGCUGAUUUUUCUGCCAUUUGUUUAGGCGAAAUUUCUUUGUUUGUUAUCAGUCGAUUAAGCUUCAUGUUGUUUGUAUGGGUUUUUAUUUGUGAGUUGAGUUCCGAGAUUCUUAAAAUGAAAAAUUGGAUUUCUUGGGUCUACUGUUUAUUGAAACACCUUUUCUGUUUUCGUCUAUUUGGAAUAACCUGAGCUCUAAGGUUCUGUAUUAAUCUUUUUUUUUUUUAUAUAUAUAUAUAUAUAUAAUUACAGAUAAGUCCUUUAUUACAUCUCAAUGGAUUUUAAAGAAAGAGAUUAGGAGCAUGUGAAGUAUGAUGGGAAGUAUGAUGGUUAUGGAGUUGAAACAUGGGCAAAAGGGAGUAGAUAUAGGGAUCAAUAUAGGAAUGGAUUAAGGCAUGAAAUUGGGAUUUAUAGGUUUUUUACAGGGGAUGUUUAUCAAGGUGAAUGGUCUAAUGGUCAAUCUCAUGGUUGUGGGAUUUACUCUUCUCAAGAUGGUAGUAAGUAUGUUGGUGAAUUCAAGUGGGGUGUUAAGCAUGGAUUUGGUUAUUAUCAAUAUAGAAACGGAGAUUUGUAUGCUGGUGAAUACUUUGCUGAUAAGAUGCAUGGUUUUGGAGUUUACAAAUUUGGCAAUGGACACCAAUAUGAGGGGUCCUAGCAUGAGGGCAGAAGGCAUGGGCUUGGUGUUUACACUUUCAGAAAAUGGGAAGCUCAAUCUGGUUACUGGCAAAAUGGGCUUCUUGUCAAGGCUAGCUGUCAAACUCAACUGCCUGACUCCCUUUUUUCAGCUUACCCUUGCAAAGUUUCCAUUGCUAUCCAGAAAGCAAGGCAAGCAUCUGAAAGAGCAUAUAAGGUGAAAUCAGUAGAUAACAGGGUGAACAAAGUUGUAGCAACUGCUAAUAGAGCAGCUAAUGCUGCGCGAGUGGCUGCUGUGAAAGCUGUUCAAACAAGGAUGCAUAAAGGAAUCGACAGUAAAACAUCGCUUCAAUGUGUCUGAUUAAACUCCUCAUUAAAAACAACAGGUCAGCACUUGAAUUUUCUGGAGGAUCAGAAUUCAAUUCCCAAAUUGAUAUCCUUGCUUAUCAAAUGCUGUUUGAUUUUCAUACUUCGUCUCCAUACUAGAAAAGAGAAUGAGAACUGCUUUUUACUACAAUCAGUAAAAGCAGAUGUAGAUGAUCAAAAAGGUCAAAUCUCAAUCUUCGUAGCUUGUAAACCAAAAUGUACAUAGCUGAAUAUUAGUGAUGUUCUGGAAAUGGCACCGAAGGUGCUGAAGGAAAUGGCACCGAAGGUGCUGAAUAUUAGUUUGGUUGAAUAUAAAUCUUCUAAUACAGAGAUCAAUGCUCCUGUAUAGCUGUUUCUGUUCUGUUGAUGUUAGCUGUCUGGCUGUGUCUGCUCAGCUGGUUGUCCUGUUCAGCUAUUAGAUGCUGGUUCUUUUAUCUUGA